AUGCAAAAAUUGUCAAUACAGCAUAUGCAGUUCGCUGUGCGCAGUGCCCUGCGGCCGCGGUUGCCGCAGCACAUCCUCGCGCGCCACGCAUACUUGUCCACCAGCGCGCGCUGCUACCGCUCUGGGGACGACGCGUUGAACAAGACAGUCUCUACCGACACUACCGCAGCGACACAGAAGAAGCCCGGAGUCAAGCCGGUAACAGUCGAGACAGAGAGCGGGAACCCGGAGCUGCCCAAGUUUAGCCUCGACGGGCUGGGCGUCAGCAAAAACAUGAAGAUUUUCCUCAUAGUAGUGCUGAGCAUCUUUGGCACCAUGGAGACGUGGUUCUACUGCAAGGCCAUUUGGCGCUGGUGGUAUGGCGAGCAAGGCCUUGCCGUCACCACAGACGACAAGUAA